AUGGCUUUGCGUUGGCAGAGAGCUGUAGUUGUUAGAUGGUUCCUUUUGAUGCUCCUAUGGCAUUGGGCAGCCCUGGGGCCCUUAAGUUGGAUUCUGGUCCUGGCUGAACGUUUGGACCAGAACCCAUCGCCUUUCUCCACUGUCUCAGGCCGGAGCAGCGGCCAGUUGGACUGGCUCCUGUCCGACAAAGGGCCUUUCCACCGUUGUCCGGAAUACACCGAAUUUAAAGAGCGUUUCCAGCAAGGUUUCACCACACGCUACAAAAUCUACAGAGAGUUCAGUCACUGGAAAGUGAACAGCUUGGCCACAGAGAAGAGAGAUUUUUUCAAGGCCCCGCUGCCCUUGGCUCCCGAGUUCUUACGCAACCUCAGGCUCCUCGGACGAAGGCCAAGCAUCCAGCAGAUCCAUGAGAACCUCAUCAAGAAAUAUGGCACCCAUUUCUUAGUGUCAGCUACACUGGGUGGAGAGGAGUCGCUCACAAUCUUCUUGGACAAGCAAAAGCUCAGUAAGAAGUCGGAGGGAAGCGGAAACAGCUCUGUGGUCUCUCUGGAAAUCCUGCACCAGUUGGCAGCCUCCUACUUCACAGACCGGGAAAGCACCCUGAGGAGGUUACACCACCUGCAGAUUGCCACUUCUGCCAUCAAGGUAACAGAGACCAGAACAGGGCCUCUUGGAUGCAGCAACUAUGACAGUCUGGAUUCCGUGAGCUCCGUUUUAGUGCACAGCCCUGAGAAUAAAAUCCAUCUCAAAGGUUUACAGGAUGUUCUUCCGGAGUUCUUGCGGAAUCGCUUUGUGGAGGCCGCCCUCAGUUACGUGGCGUGUAAUUCCGAGGGGGAGCUUCUGUGUCGUAACAAUGACUGCUGGUGCAACUGUUCGCCAAAGUUCCCAGACUGUAACUGCCCAUUCAGCGACAUCAAGGCCAUGGAGGACGGCCUCCAGAAGAGCAAGGAAUCCUGGACCAACUUCAACAACGAGUUCAUGGAAUCAGACGAGUUCAAGGCCUUCCUGAAGAAACUGCCCACCGAUCGUUUUUUAAACACUUCGGCUAUCCUUAAAUUCUGGACGUCAGAUUUGGCUCUGCAGAGGAGGUACAGCCAGCUGGAGACGAGCUCUAAACUCAUCCUGGGGAAAGCUCACAAGAUCGUCCGCAAACUGUUCACCUUGAGCAAACGCUGCCCGAAACAGCCUAAGAUAAGCCUGCCAAGAGAGAGGACGCUGGGGUUUUGGCUGAACAGAGCUCAGUCCCUGCUUUACUGCAAUGAACACGGCAUCCUGGGAACCUUCUCGGAAGAGGUGCAGGGAUGCAUAUGUGGCACGGAACAGAGCGCCGCCUGCCAGGGGACGGUGCCAUGCUUAGUGGGCGAGGGGACAUCCUGCUCUUCCUGCGCCCAGGACAACAUUACCCGCUGUGGGACGUGCCAACCUGGCAGUAUCCUUCACCUGGGUUACUGCCGCCCCAACAUAGCCAACUCCUUGGACCAUUAUGUCAAUUUCGACUUCGACAUGCCAGACGCCGAAAUGAGGUACCUCCUGCACAGGCUAGACAGUCGCAUGGAGGUCCACGCCAUCUACAUCAGCAACGACGUGCGUCUGGGAAGCUGGUUUAACCCGGCCUGGAGGAAACGCAUGCUGCUCACCCUAAAGAGCAACAAGAACAAGUCCAACCUCAUCCACAUGCUGAUGGGGAUUUCUUUCCAGAUCUGUUCGACCAAGAACAGUACCCUCGAGCCCGUGCCUGCAAUUUACGUCAACCCCUUCGGGGGAAGUCAUUCGGAGAGCUGGUUCAUGCCAGUCAAUCAACUGGACUUCCCAGAUUGGGAAAGAACUAAACUGGAUGCCUCACUUCAAUGCUACAAUUGGACCCUUAAUCUUGGUAGCAAGUGGAAGUCCUUCUUUGAGACGGUACACAUUUACUUGCGCAGUCGCGUGAUCACAGACGACCCCACUGUCAACGAGACCCUUUUUUACGAGCCCUUGGACUUGGAUGACCAUUCGUCCAACCUGGGAUACAUGAAGAUCAACAGCCUGAAAGUGUUUGGCUACAGCAUGCACUUUGAUCCAGAGGGAAUCAAGGAUCUGAUCCUGCAGUUGGACUACCCUUAUACGCAGGGCUCUCAGGACGCUGCAUUCUUAAUGUUGCUGGAGAUGAGGGACCGAAUUAACAGGCUUUCUCCACCGGGGGCGCAACCUCUGGAUCUCUUCUCCUGCAUGCUGAGGCAUCGGUUAAAGCUCUCCACCAGCGAGGUGGUGAGAAUCCGGGACUCUCUCCAGAGCUUCAGUGCCAAGCUGCCCAACUCCUCAGAACCAGAGCUAAGCCAGUUGUGCAGCUAG